GCCAGCAUGCAGCUGGCCUGCACAUACGAACGCCAGAGCACUUUUUUCUAUAGAACAUUAGCGGACAAGUAACUAUUGUAACGCAGCAUCGCGUAGACUACACGAACGUUUUUCCUUCUUGUUGAACGACGACGGAUUUCUCCUUUGAGCACACAGCAUCCAUAUUAACUUUCAAGAAGGGCUACUUUGACUCACCUGCUUAAGCUUCUAUAAAGAACACAUCGUUCUGAAUUUGCGUUUCUUGGACCGUUAUGCAUCACCCAAGCAGUGCCUUGGUGAAGUUCAAGUGAAGUGAGACUAUUUCGUUCUCUGUAACGCGUACUCGUAUACUUUUUAGGAAAGAAAAUGCCAAGUGACUGCUUUCGGAAUAAGACAUUUGAAAGGACGAAAUGCAUCUAAACAUGAGUGAGAACAACUCCCCAGUGGACGACAGGGAACGAGACAGGCUUCCGCCUAUUUUUAAUCAUGGUUUGGAGCGUGGAUCCAAGCAGCCGUGUGCCUCUUAUGGAAACUUCUUCUCCUCCGUGAGUCAAAGGAGAGAAGCAGCCGGCCACGGGCUGUCUCUGCCGAUCAUCCUACCUGCCAUUAGACACGUGAGAGAACUCCCUCCGAUCUGUACGGGCGUCAAACAGAAGCACCGCAUCUCCCUGGACAUUCUGCCCCCUGAAGUUAAAGCCCGCUUCGCCUGCGACCCCAUCAUCCCCCUGCGCACCAAAACUACCAAAGACUUUCAGGAAGACAUAGAGAAGGCCACCCUCUCAGGUGACUGGAGGCACAUCCAUGAUUUUUACUUGACCACGUUCGACUCCUUUUUGGAACUCAACGCAGCCUUUAAGAAAGAGGCGAACGCUCCAUUUAACACAACCGAAGACUCAGGAAUUAACACCAAAUUUGUCAACGCUGUUUACGACGCCAUACUCCAUACACCUCCAGAAACGCAGAAGGCCGUAUUAAAAGGCAUCAUUAAUAGCUUAUUGAAGGAAUGGAAAGGGCCGCGGACAAAAGACGACCUGCGGGCCUAUUUUGUACUUAUUCAGAACCCACAGUACACCAGCACAGCUACGUACGUCAUCUUCGCACACUUACUGAGAAAGAUCAGCAGCCUUGCAGAAGCCGACCACCAUUUCCUUCUGCACUGGUUUAAGAAGCUCUCUCCGAAGCGCUUCAAGCAGCUGGUGGAGCGGCUGCAGCUCUUCAUCAGCACGCGGCUCUUCCCCGCCCGGCCCGAGGAGCUGCCGCCCAUGACCAAGUGCUCGUGGUGGAUCCCCGCCGCCACCAAGGUCCUCUCCCUGCUCAACGCUGCCAACAGCAUCGCCACUCCCCCCAUCCUCCCUUUUACCGACUUUUACAACCUCACGCUGGACCACACCGACUUUAUGGAGGACUAUCGCACCUGGCAGACCCACGGCAACUCCAACCGCAAACGCUGGUGGAUAAGGUCUCUCGCAGACAGCGUGUGGACAUGAGUCUGCUCUUCCUCAACAUUAAAGUCAGACGCCUGCAGCUGGUCAGCGACUCUCUGGAUGAGCUCGCAAGAAAGCGGGCGGACUUGAAAAAGAAGCUGAGAGUGACGUUUGUUGGCGAGGCGGGCCUGGACAUGGGCGGCUUGACAAAGGAGUGGUUUCUCCUCCUGAUUCGACAGAUUUUUCACACAGACUACGGCAUGUUUAGGUACGUCAAGGAGUCCCAGUAUCACUGGUUCAGCAACUGGAACUGUGACAACUGCUCCGAGUUUCGCCUGGUCGGAUCCCUGAUGGGUUUGGCCUUGUACAACAGCAUCACGCUGGACAUCCGUUUCCCUCCCUGCGUCUACAAGAAGCUGCUGACCCCUCCCAUUGUGCCCUGCGACCCCGACGCCCCCGUGGGCAUGGCCUCACUCACCCUGGACGACCUGCAGCAGAUCAUGCCGGAUCUUGCUCAUGGUCUGGCAGAACUUCUGAGCUAUGAAGGCAACGUGGAAGAGGAUUUCUACACCACUUUUCAGGUUUUCCAGGAAGAGAUGGGUGUCAUCAAGGCGUAUAAUCUCAAACCUGGCGGUGAUAAGAUUCCUGUGACCAACGUGAAUAGAAAAGAGUACGUCCAGCUGUACAUUGACUUCCUGCUGAAUAAGUCCAUUGAGAAGCCCUUCGCUGCCUUCUACCAUGGAUUCCACAGUGUGUGUGCCUCUGACGCCAUCAUGCUGCUGCGACCGGAGGAGGUGGAGGUGUUGGUGUGUGGAAGCCCCCAUCUGGACAUGGUGUCGCUGCAGAGGGUGGCCCAGUACGAGGGCUACAGCAAGACUGACCCCACCAUCCGAGCAUUCUGGGAUGUGGUUCUGGCGUUCCCUUUGGAGCUGCAGAAACGCCUCCUCCACUUCUGCACAGGAAGUGACCGCGUCCCUGUGGGAGGCAUGGCCGACCUCAACUUCAAGAUCACCAAGCACGACGUCUCAACCGACUGGCUGCCAGUGUCCCAUACCUGUUUCAACCAGAUCUGCCUACCUCCCUACAAAAGCAAGAAAGAACUGCGACAAAAAUUAACCAUUGCCAUCUCCAAUGCUGAGGGCUUUGGCCUGGAGUGAAUUAGAAGUUCAUAGAAGGUCAACAUCAGAAGAUCUCCAGGCACUUCUUUUAAGUCAAUAAACACUAAUAGGUGCGACACAUUUAGUCCUCUUUGAAGGAUAAUGUGUGGUAUGUCCCAGAGGAGACUGAAAGAAUCCCACAUCUCCACAUUCACAACUUUUAUACUAGAGUUUAUUUAAGAGGGUUUUUUAUUAUUUGUUUUCUGACCUCUGUAAAACCCACAUUUCUCUAGGACAGCCAUCGAGCACCAUUGUUUCUGUUACAAAUUGCGUGAUGUAAGAAGUGAUACCUUGAUUUGCUUACAUUUUUAAACCAAGCAAGAAAAUAUCCCCCAAAAAUGUAUUAUCUAACACCUGACAUUUACGGCAGAUAGUGUUGGUUACGUAACAAGUAAACGGAGACUGUUCACACACUGAGGUGCUGUCACUUGUACAAUCAAGGCUCGCAUGGAAUCUGGGUCAGCAGAGGGUUGGUCGGGGUAAAAAAUAACUUUGCUAACAAUCGGUCAGCCUAAAGCUGGCUGUGUCUCUUAAAGGGACACGGCACAUUUUCACUACGCACCUUUGAUCAGCCUUACCUAUAGGCUGGUGUUGGCUAUCGGACACAUACCUUGCCCUUUAAAUGUCACAGUCUGUGUUGUCUUGUUCAUUUGAGCAAAUGAAGAAAUUCAAAGCAUUUUUUUGUGUGUUAUUAAGUGUUAUUAAUGGACCAAGAGAUUUCAUUGCUUUUUGCCUGCUCUUGUUGUACUUGAAGUUGACGACCUUUUAGGUCUUUAAGCCUGAAGGGAUUUUGUAUUUGUUUUUUUUUGUGAUACUGUGCUUGUCCUGUGUUUCGCUACGUGAAGUGGAAUCUGCCAGUGGCUUUUGUUGAGAGUAACGCGCUGCCGCCACAACUUCCACGCUCCGCUGUCUGACAGAUAAUUCAACCUUGACUGACUGAUCGUCUGUCUUGAUCCCUCAACUCAAACAGGUGGUCAGAAAGGUCUGCGGAGUUUUUACAACGACCUUGUUCUGACCUUACUUCAUGUGUCAGGUUCCCCUUCGAGUGUAGUGCUGUGAGUCACUACAGCUCACAGCCACAUGGUACUUCAGUGGAGAUGUGCGUAGUACACACACCAAGGCCAUGAUAGCUCCAGACUUCUAUAAUGAUAACUAUUGAUAACUAGCCUCGGCUUUGCACAUAUCGUUAGCUGACCUCAAGGACCCUUUGUUCCAGCGCCGUGCCUAUAGAUUAUCUUUGGUUCCGUGUCACCGUGGCGACAGAACGCCACACAAACUCUGUGCCCAACAAAAAGAGGCCUUGUCGAGGUGGCCAGACUCGACGCAGAAGACUGAAUACCGUUGUAUUUGCCAUGUAUUUAUUUUGACGUGAACGCCUUUUAAACCGUGCUGAAUAAAAGUGCUUUGCAGUGCAAA